GCGCUUGGAAACGGGAUGCAGGAAUGGCUGGACCACUCAGCAGAUGCCGUGGUGCAGGGCCGCGGGGGGCCUCUGUUCUUUCUGAGUUAUUGGCGCUGAUGGAGAGUGGGGAUGGGGGAGGACAGGACUGGGAGAGAUUGAAAAACUGAAAGAAAGGAAAUAGAGAUUCCUCUGCCCCUGCUUUCUCGGCCGCCUCUGCUUCUUCCUUUUCCUUAGAUACCAAGUUACCAACGCUAAACCAAUCCAGAGCCCCCCUCCCCUCCGCUCGCUUGCUAAUCUCUCUCCUUUCCCCCCUCCUUCCCUCCCUCCAUCCAUCCCUCCCUCUCUCUUUCCCUCUCCAGCUCAGCUUCCUCAGCCAUGAAGCUCCCGAAGCAGCUCUUUCUCCCCUCCUGCUCCCUCCUCCUCCUCCUCUUCUUCCUCUUCCUCCUCUUCCUCCAGCACACUGGAGCUGAACAGCACGUGUUUGAUGUGUCUGUUUGGCCGGAAAACCCUGUGGUGGCACGUGGAGGGUCUCUCUGGCUGAAUUGCAGCACCAGCUGCCGGGAGGCAGAUGCCAAGGGAGACUUGGAGACAUCGCUGAUCAAGGAGAGGGGAGACAAUGGGACCGGCUGGGCAGCUUUCCAGCUUGUGAAUAUCACAGAGUGGGUGUCUGCCGCGGAGUGCUCCUUCAGCUGCUACGGAGAACAUAAAUCUGUGCCUGCAAACAUCGUGGUGUAUCGGAUUCCACAGCAGGUUGUUUGGGAUCCAGUGCCAAUGAUGGAGGUUGGUAGAGUCUAUAACCUUACGUGCCGAGUUGCUGAUGCCGCCCCACUUCGCAACCUCACUGUGACCCUGCUCAAAGGGAAGAAGAAACUACACAUGGAGACCUUUGAGGAUAAUACUGCUCCUGAAGCCAGGGACAUUGUGGUGACCCACUCUAUAACUGCUCAAGAGAAGGACCACCAUGUAGAAGUCAGUUGCCACGCAACUCUGGAUCUGAGGCCUGAAGGUCCACUCUUUGAGAAGUCUUCUCUGAGCAAGGUCUUAGAAGUUUAUGAUUUCCCAAUGGACCCUCAGAUUCAUACGUUGCCCUACCUGGAAGCCAACACCACCAUCACAGUACAAUGUGAUGUUGUUGGGGUUUUCCCAGCUGAAGAGGCCCUUUUCGAAAUGGCCUUUGCAGAGGAGAGGCUGAAAGUCAACACUACUGUACUGGGCGAUACAGUGAAAGCCCAAGCUGCAAUCUCAUCCUUAUCAACAGGAAACCAUACGUUGAGCUGCACAGUGACCCUGGGACCAGAGACCAAAUCUGUGAUAGAGACCAUACACGUUUACAGUUUUCUUGAGCCUUCCCUAGAAGUUUAUCCAUCUCAGACCCUUGUAAACAACCCAGUGACCUUUGUCUGCAAUUCUUCAGCCACUCAGCCCCUCCGCAUUUCUCUUCAGAGCCAAAAUGCUUCUGGAAGAAGCUUGGCUACCAGUAAGCAUCUCCCUCUGCAGUUCACCCUGAUAGCUCAAGAGGAAGACAACGGAAGGGAAUUUGUUUGUGAAGCCGAACUCAUAAUUGGUGGAGACAUCAUCAUUAAGCGUACAUCUGCCAACCUUACUGUCUUCUAUGUGCCGGAAAUGGAUGGCUCGACUUGUCCAGACAACCACACGUGGGUGGAAGGAACACGGCAAAGGCUCCAGUGCAUGGCUAAGGGGAACCCAGAGCCGUCUGUGACUUGCAUCAAAGACAGCAUCACUCGCAAUAUGCAAAGGGAGGAGCUGGUUAACCGCAGUCAUGCUGGCAUCUACAACUGCACGGCCACAAAUGAGUUUGGCUCAACAACGAAAGCUGUCACCAUCCAUGUGGAAUAUGGGUCUGAGCUGAAUGAGUCUGGAUGCCCUAAUAACCAAACAUGGCUGGAAGGAAGCCUACAGAAACUCAAUUGCCAAGCUGAUGGCAUACCAAUCCCAGAGGUCUCUUGUGUAAAGGAUGGAAAAGUGUUUGAUGUCCAAAAAGUGCAGAAUGUCACACAAAGCUAUGCUGGCAUCUACGAGUGCAAUGCUACCAAUGUACAUGGGUCAAGUAGCAAGAUGGUCACCAUCAAGAUAGAAUAUGAACCAGACAUGGACAAUUCAAGUUGUCCACAUAACUGGACCUGGAUAGUAGAGACAGAACAAAUGUUCACUUGCUUUGCCUGGGGAGACCCAGAGCCAACUGUUGAGUGCACCAAAAAUGGCACCAGUUAUACCCCUGGUAUUCUUCAGAUUGUUACCAAAGAAUACGCUGGCACUUAUCUCUGCACAGCCACAAACAAGCAUGGCUCUAGCUCCAGGACUGUGAACAUCCAAGUAGAAUAUAAGCCAGAAAUGGAUGAAUCCAGCUGUCCAAGCAACUGGACUUUGGUGGAGGGGGAACUACCUAACUUUGCCUGUACAGCUGAGGGGGUUCCAACUCCAGAGGUUGUAUGUACGAAAGAUGGUUUAUCAUAUCAUUUAACCCAAGGACAAGGGAUCCCUGCUUACAGUGGAGUCUUCUGGUGUAAUGCUACUAACAGACAUGGGACUGUGACCAAGGCUGUCAUUGUUGCAGUUGAAACCAAACCCCAAAUGGAUGACUCCAACUGCCCAAGUAACCAGACCUGGCUAGAGGGGACCCUGCACUCACUGUCCUGUGAAGCCAAUGGGACUCCUACCCCAGUGGUCUUCUGCACCAAAGAGGGAGCCACUGAAGAGUUGUACAGAGAGAGGAACAUCAGCAGGAAUGACUCCGGCAUUUACCAGUGCAAAGCCACUAAUGGUCAUGGAACUGAGAAGAGGAUGGUGAAUGUGCAAGUGGAAUACAGGCCUAUAAUCUCCAUUUUGGCUGUCAACGCUUCUUUGCCCAUCAGAAGGGGAGAAAACUUCACCAUUGCCUGCCAUGCAGAUGGUUACCCAGCUGUCAACUACACCUGGAAGGUACCUCAGGCCCCCAAUCUCAACUAUGUUGAAAAUAACAGCACUCUGACUGUUAUUGGAGCACAUAGACAAAAUAGUGGUGUGUACAAGUGCACAGCGAGCAACAAACACGGACAGCAGCACAGUCAGGUGGAAAUCCAUGUAGAAGAUCACUGGCUAUAUAUUAUUGUCGUCAUAGCAAUUGCUGGUGCCACCAUGUUGGUCCUGGGAGGAAUGGCCGGGGUCAUUUACUACCUGAAGUCUACAGCCUGUAAAAAAGGAGAGUACAACGUGCGUGACGCAGAGAACUCAACUGAGGCCACUUGUCUAAAUCGUGAAAGGCCUUGUGAUGUUGACAUCUACGGUAUACAGCUCACCAGGACCUGAAAAAAAAACCCUGAGCUGGUAUCCCUAGGCCUUGCUGGCCUAGAGACAGAUACCACCUCUGCUUCUGAAAGAUGGAUGUUUGGACCAUGCAGUCUUCUGUUUAACUGUGGAAUUUGUUAGCAGCCGAUUCAUAGGCUUAGGAUGCAGGGCAGACUUUUAUGGCUACAGCUUUGAGUACUAGCCAGACCUUUACACAACACUUGCUCGGAUGAGUCUCAAAGUCUCUCUUUUUGUCCAGGCUCCAUGUUGCUUCUUCAGUUGGAACAGCAAAAAUGUUGCACUUGGGCAGCGUAGUAGUAUUUUGAUGAAGAUUCAAUUUAUACCUGUUAACGUCCAAUUAGAACCAUUUCGGCUUCACUCAACGUUUGCUUUCAAAAAUCCCAGUUGACUGGUGCCUUGCCAAAGUCGGAAGUAUCAACUUUGGGACACAGAAUUGUGUGUAAGGAGCAGAAUUUCCUGCUAAGAUCAGACAAAGAAUGUAAUUUUAAAAACUGAAUGGCAAGGAACUUUAAGAGAAUGUUUUGAACUGACGGUUACUCAUAGAGUAACUCUGAGAAUUGGUCAACUGGAUCAAGAUACCAUGGAGAUAUACUUAAAGUGGAUUCGUGCAAUUUUGUUCCAUUUUGGUUUAACUGUGGUGCUAACUGAAUUACACUACAUGAAAUUAAGUUUGCUGUUCUCUAAAAUAUGGCACAAUGAACAGCCAAGCCAAACUAUAUGAAUCCUGCGUAAACAGAGUUUUCCAUUCA